AUGCGAAUAUUUCUCAUGCUCGCCGGCGGCGGCAUGACGGCUGGAGCUGGCGAGGCAUGCGUGCAACUGGCGCAUGGGCUGCUCGAGAUAUGCCGCAUUUCAUUAAGAAACCUCACCGAACGAAAUGUCAUUUUGGCUUUAGAUCACGAGUUCUCGCAGUGCGCUCUUCUAAAUCUUCUUGUUUCCGCGUGGAGUGGCGACAAGUGGCAGAUGGAUAUACAUUUGAAAGCAAAGCAACACGACGAUAGACAAGCCCAGGUGGCCCGCAUAGAAUCCUUUGACGAUGCCGCCCAGUCCUGGGAGACGUGGAAAGAACAAGAGAGAGCAAACAGGUAA